AUGCCAGCUGACGAGAAGACCAAAUUAUUACGUUUAGCAAUGGAGCACCCAGAGAAGUUUAGCGAAGAGAACAAUGUAAUAUUAAUAACUCCAGAUAGCAUGAUAGGAGAAAAUCUUCGUCUAAUCCUUAGCAGUCUUUACAAGAAGAAUUUGCUAAAGAAAGUGAUUAUAGAUGAGGCUCACCUGAUUUUCGAUCAAGGUCUCGGUUUUAGACCGAAUUAUUUGAAAAUCGGGAGUGUAUCAGAUGAGGCAGUAAGAAGAAUCAUAAGAAUCUCGCAUUUUCUUCCUCACACUGUUAUUCGAGGUAUAUCAUACAAGCAAAAUAUUGUUAUUACCAUGAAAAAGAAGGAGAACCUAUUGGAUAUCUCUGAUUACUCCGAUAGUUUAAUAAGAUUAAGAAUAUUGAGAAAACUAUGUUAUGAAAAUAAACUUUUUCGGGUAGUAAUAAUAUAUAGCAGCACUCUAUCAAAAGAAGAAAAAACUCAGCCGCGAGAAAUAUAUGAGAAAAGUAAUUACUCUGUCUUUAUUACGACUGCAGAAAAUUUAGUUGGUGUAGAUCUUAAAACAUGCUCCGUUCUUCUCCAUCACGGUCUCCCUACUAAUAUUUCAACAUAUUUCCAAGACAUUGAACGCUUAAACCGCAGUGGUGACCUGGCCUUUUCUCUUGUGUACUCUACAUCUUCUGCCAUCUCCUCGUUAAAAAAAAUUUUAACAGUGGAGAACUUCAAUAUAUCCUGUCGAAGAUCGGUAUCAGUAUCCAGCUUUUCUGAAUGUAGCACAGCUACAAGUUCUGCCUAA